AUGGGUGGUAGCCGCGCAGGAAGAGAGGCAUCAGCACGCGCGGCGAAGACCGACGAGGGCGUUGAACACUUGUUGGUCGGUCGAUCGGCUGGCUCAGCAUCCGCCGCCUUGUUACGUAGGCCGCCGGACCGGCACCACCCGCCAAUCUCUCGAGAUCGACUGGGAGCGUCCUUCGCAUCAGAUCGCCAUCGAUCCGACUCCCACGGUUGGGCUCACAUCUGGACCUGGUCGCCAGUCACCCCCUCCUCCGAUUGGCCUCGUCGAUUAGAAGGCCUUCUGCUCCCAGCCCCGCCAGCUAAAAGCCGGGGAACCUGCCCGCUCGCUCCCGAUCAGCCCAUCCAUCCUGGCGCACACUCGCUCCUCUGGCCGCCUUCAGCGUCGAUCUCUGCCCAAGCGUGCAUGGUAACUGCCCUCCGCCCAUCCUACUCCUGGAGUUCCCCAGAGACCCUCUUAUUAAUCGCCAGCCCCUGCUCUUUGACUACCGAAAACAGCCUGCAGCACAGUAUUGUCGACUUUAGGCUUUUGUAUGUACACCGCUACUCUCCCAAGCCAUCCCAGCUCAAUACAACGAUCUUUAGCCUUGGGCCUCUCAUCUUCGCUGAUCAGCUGAAAAUCCAAUCGAUUUCUCGACUCUCCUCUCCCCAUCGCCAGCAGCCCAUAUAA